AUGGCAGAGCAGUUCGCGAGUGACAACUAUGCCGGGAUCUGUCCCGAGGCAUUGGAGAUGAUGGUUAAGGCUAAUGCUGGUCACGAGAUCGCAUAUGGAGACGAUAGUUGGACAGCCAAGGCCGUUGAUACGAUCAAGAAAACUUUUGAAAAGGAGGAUAGCGAGGUCCAUUUCGUGUUCAAUGGCACAGCCGCUAACUCGCUGGUGCUGUCCAGUGUGUGUAGACCUUAUCAAGCGGUCAUUUGUGGAGAAUAUUCGCAUAUUGAGACCGAUGAAUGCAGUGCUCCAGGGUUCUUCUCAGGCGGUACUAAGAAUUUGAUUGCCAGAACGCCAGACGGAAAGUUGACUCCUGAACUGAUUGAACAGGUCGUUAAAAGAAGAGACGACGUGCACAGCGCUAAACCAAAAGCUGUAUCAAUUGCUCAGUCCACUGAGACUGGUCUUGUAUAUACUAUUGACGAGGUCAAGGCCAUUUCUAAAGUGUGUAAACAAUACGGACUCAAACUUCACAUGGACGGAGCUCGGUUUGCUAAUGCUUGUGCUGCUCUUAACUGUACAGCUGCUGAAAUCACAUGGAAAGCCGGUGUGGACGUUCUGUGUCUUGGAGGAAGCAAGAACGGCAUGGCUCUUGGCGAAGCAGUCAUUUUCUUCACCAAAAUCGAAAACGAGGAUUUCGAUGCCCGUAUUAAACAAGCCGGUCAAUUGGCUUCGAAAAUGCGGUUCCUGACUGCUCCCUGGAUAGGUAUGUUGACCAACGACGUUUGGCUGAAAAACGCCCGUCACUCGAACCAAUGUGCCCAAUAUUUUGCAUCGAAACUCCGCGACAUUCCCGAAAUCAAAAUCAUUCUCCCUGUCGAAGCCAAUGCAGUAUUCGCCUCAUUCCCACCAGCUCUCACCGAACAACUGCACUCUCUCCACUGGCACUUCUACGAAAUCAUCGAGAGCAGCAACCGGUUCAUGUUCGCAUGGGACUCCACCACCGCUCGCAUCGACGAGUUCGUCGCCGACAUCCGCCGUAUCCUCGCUAAAUAG